AUGCCGCCGGAGCCAGACUCCGCGGCGGGCCUCGCGGCGGCCGUCCUCGCCGCGUCCACCCCGCGGGCCGCGGCGGAGGCGGUCUCCACGGUCGCGGCCUUCCUCCGCCGCCACCACGCCGGCGCGGGCGCGGACCAGCCGCGCGCCUUCUUCGCCGACGCGCUCCCGGCGCUGCUCUUCCGCCUCUUCGUCUCCCGCUCCCCCGACUCGCCGCCGUGCUUCCUCGACCUCGCCGCGCACGACCCCGCGCUCGCCUACCUCCUCGAGUCGCUCCUCGCGCCCUCGGGCCCGCUCCUCGCCGCGCUCGCCGCCGCGGACCGCCACGCCCUCCUCCGCUUCACCUUCCCGCGCGAGCGGCUCCCCGACUGGCUCGCUUUCGCGCUGUCCUCCUCCGAUCAGGUGAUCUCGCCGCUCCUCGCCGGCCGCGUCGGCUCCAAGCUCCACCUCUCCGUCUUCGAGUACUACCUCUUCUGGUUCGCGUACCACCCCAUCCCCGCCACCUCUGCCAACCCAUCCCCCGGGGCCUCCAAACCACCGCCCUCCACCUGGAAAACCUCGCUCAAGCCACGCGCCCGCCUCGAGAGCUGGGUGUCCACCAUCGCCCCCACGGCCAGCCGCAACCCCGACGAGAAACCGCACACAUCGCUCUACCUGAAGCUUCUGCACGCCUACCUCAAGGAGUUCGUGCCCAGCGACUGCGCCCCGCCCCGCGGCGGAUGCGGCACACUGCUGCACCAGAAUUCCCGAGACGCUGCCGAAUCAUUCAGGCGAGCCGAGUUCUUCGUGCACACGCUCGUGCAGUUCUGGCUGGUCGGGAACGAUUUCUCGCCGCUGCCCGUGCAGACCUCCCGCGCCUACGGGCUGCCUUUGCUCUCCCUUCUGUCCCGUGCGAAUGCUGCGCUGUCCGAGAGGCUGCCGGCACCAGGGCUCGGCAAUGCCGUGAAGCUGCUGGUGAUGUAUCUGAACAGGAGCAGCGGUGUUCCAGAUGCACGCAAUGUGUUUGACGCAAUGCUCUCGAGGAAGAAGCCAUGUGACAGCCCAGCUGGGUACUGGAAUCCGUUGCUGCAGAGACCGCUGUAUCGGUUUAUGCUGAGGACGUUCAUGUUCUGCCCGAUGGGCGCAGAUAUCGAAAACGUUGCACAGGCUUUUUCUGCAUGGAUGGUCUACAUGGAACCAUGGAAGGUUCAGCAAGAUGAUUUCAAUGAGUACGAUCUGCCGCCUCCUGGUGGGCGAAAUGUGCGUUGCGUUGGUGAUGGGAAGAGGCUAAACUGUGAUGCAGAGUACUCUCCAGCAUGGCAGGGCUACGUGCUAUCCAACUAUCUGUUCUACAGCUCACUGGUUGUCCAUUUCCUGCGGUUCGCUCAUAAGUUUAUCCAUUCUGAUGUCGCCUCGGUGCUGCAAAUGGUAUCAAAGGUACUGCAAGUUUUGGGUUCCUCCGAAUUAUUGGGGCUUAUCUACAAAGUUGAUGCUGCUUAUCAUUCCAAUCUUUCUGAUUCUCAGUCCUGUUGUUUGGAUGAUGUGCUCAAGCAUUUACCAGCUAUCCGUGAGCAACUACAGGACUGGGAGGACGGGUUAUCGAAACACAACACUGAUGGGUCUUUUUUGCACGUGGAGAGGAACUCUAACCUAAGGCUUUUCAGUUUCGAUGAUAAUGGGGCUUACAACUUGCUUAAGUUGCUGUUGCUAAGGGCUGAAUCGGAGAUUCAACGUUUACCAGGUGAUGCUAUGCAAACUCUCCAGACUCUGGAUGUAAUCAAAUCCAAUAUGAAAAAGGUAUUCUACAAGCAUGUUGAAAGCUCCCAGGCAAACAAUCUUCCAGAGGGAGAACACAACCAGCAUCAUGUACGUGGUGAUGUAUUCAUACCUAAGCAUCCAAGUCCAGGGAAAAGCUCACUGGCUGAUAUGAAAAAUAAUGGUGAUUGGAUGACGAGGCCCAUCUCAGACACUGAAGUGGCCUGGCUUGCAAGGAGGCUGAUCUGCUUUUCAUCUUGGCUGAAUGAAACCCUUCAACUUAAACAUGCUGUCACAGAUGUUGCCCCCACAGGCCCAAUUAUCAUCAAGGCUGACCAAAAUGAACCGAGCAGAGUUGGAGGCCCAAAGGAUGCUGCCAGAAUGGUGCUUGUUGGUGCCUUUACAUUGUUCGUGGUGGUGGGACAUUGGAUCCUGCGGUUCAUGAGGAUGCACAGGAUUAGGAUCAAUCUCAGAAUUCUUGCCUCCAAAAAGCUCCUGGCACUUGCUAUGCUGUACAUGGUGUACAGUAUAGCAAAGAAUAUGCUUUCUUGAGCUCUGCAUCUCAUGCUGCUGGUGUUGCUUUGCCAGUAAUUGCUCAAACUUCCAAGUUAUGCCUUGAGUAGAGCUGUAGAGGUGUUACAUAUGCUGUACAGUAAUUCAUAGGAGAAAAACUUUCAGAGGACACUUUUGCAACUCUUUCAAACUUGUUUGGUUAUCUUGUGCAUAUCAUUGAGAUCCCAUUGGAAGGUGUCAUACCUAGUUCUUCUUGCGCUCCUGUCCUGCAGUUCAAUCAGACAACUUUGGUGUAAGAAGAUGUUUUGUGGAUUUACGAUGUAACUAAAUGAACUUCGCUGGAAUUCAGAUAUUGCAUCUUCAGAAAUAUUUUCAUGACUAAUUAUGACCAGCCACAGUCAAUUGUUGUCCUAGCAAAGAAGUUGAUGUGGCAGUGUGCUCCAUGCUGUUUUUUCUGAUGAUGGUGCUCUGUGCUGUUGCAGUCUGAAGAAUGUUUCAUGCUUGCUGGUGAACAAUUGACUAAACCUAGGAGUGGUGUUUUCAUAUUACCUGGCUGGAAACCAGCUUUCUUCUUCGUUUCAAGCUGAAUCAAUUAGGUACGGCUCUUAGUCUAUGCCAUAUUGCCAUGCCACUCUUCCUUUUUGUCUUAGAAAUGCUAGCUUGAAACCACUUUGAUUUUUUCUAAGGCAAACUGUUAUUGUUUUGAUGUUAUCACAAUGGAUGAUUUGAGUGACUAAA